AUAUCAAGGCUGAGGUCCGGUUGAUGAAGGGCGGAAGUGGAGUGCGCAACACGGCUGUCAUGGCGCAGGAAGAGGAGGAUGUACGAGAUUAUAAUUUGACCGAAGAGCAGAAGGCGAUCAAGACCAAGUAUCCGCCAGUCAAUCGGAAGUACGAGUAUUUGGAUCAUACAGCAGAUGUCCAGUUACAUGCGUGGGGAGAUACACUGGAGGAAGCAUUUGAGCAGUGUGCGAUGGCCAUGUUUGGUUACAUGACGGACACUGGCACUGUGGAGCCCCUGCAGACAGUGGAAGUAGAAACUGAAGGAGAUGACUUACAGUCUCUUCUGUUCCACUUUUUGGAUGAGUGGCUUUACAAGUUCAGUGCUGAUGACUUCUUUAUACCCCGGGAAGUGAAAGUACUUAGUAUUGAUCAAAGGAACUUCAAGUUACGGUCAAUUGGGUGGGGAGAAGAAUUCUCAUUGUCUAAACACCCUCAGGGUACUGAAGUCAAGGCAAUAACAUAUUCAGCAAUGCAAGUCUAUAAUGAAGAAAAGCCAGAGGUUUUUGUAAUCAUUGACAUUUAAAAUACCGGGGGGGAGAAAAUACUCCGAUGAAGAACAACUUUUUCUCUUCCUUUGAAGAUGAUAGCAUAAUAUGAAUCCUACUGAAUCGUUGAUAAUGUGGAGAUUUGUGGAACAGAAAUUAUUUGUUUAAAUUGUGACUCAGAAAAGGAAAAUAGGGACGCAGCCUUCAUCUGUGCUAUCAGACUUUUCAAGAAUUCUUUCCAUGGCAAAUACGGUCCUUCAUUAGUUCUCCCUAUUAAAGCAGCAGUCACCUCACACCUUUCCAGUGUGAUGCAAACCUGCAGCCUGAAGCUCAAGAAUCAGUUGAGAACUCCCACUCCAAGGAUUUACUUUUACUCCAAAUUAGUUAAGACAUAUUUUUCCGAAUGUACAUUAAGAGAGUACAUCUUAGAUUGUGUGGGACAAUGCCUACCAUCUAGUACACUAGUUGGUUUUCUUACAAAUAUUAGUUCAUUACAAGGACUUCUCUAGAAAGGAGGAAUUACCCUCACUCCAUUGUCCAAAAAUUAUAUAAACUAUUUCCAAGGCCAGGAAAAUAAUUUUUAAAUGAUCAGAACUUUUCAAAGGAGAUAGCUUAAAAAAAAAACUGCUUUCAUUUGCAGUGUUGUUCUUUUCUGUCUUGAUCAAGGUGUUCUCUUUUGUGACCUCCAGUUUGCAGAGUUGUCUAUUCAGAAGCAUGUAAGAAAAAACUCUACUGGGUGGUGCCAGACAUCAUUAUUAAUAUGCAGAAGUUCACCUAAAAGGAACAGAUUGACUGAACUACCUAAGGGUUUUCUCUGAGCACUGCAUUAUUUUUCUGUGGGCACUUAACAGAAAAUAGGGGUACUGAAGACUAGACCUAGAGCCUGUGUGGUUUGAACAGCUCUGAAACAAUUGUAUAGCAGGAUCAAAUUUCCUGACCUUUCUUACCUCAGAUGCAUUUUAUAAAUUUAAAUUGUGACCCUCCAAGCAUAGAAUGUCUAGAAGAACCUCUGCACCUUUUGCUGGGAUAAAUUUCCAGACUGAGAAGAGGCUCUUGUUUUCAGGGACCUCUUUGUAGAUGCUGAGCUACAGGGGUAUUGACUGAAAAUGGAUCGUGGACUAUCAUUCAGGCAGUGGCAGAGUUAAGAGCACUUGGGAUAGAGUAAAGCCGGGUGGGGUGCAAAUUUGACUAGGAAAGGAAGCAGAGGUUAGUCAUGUUCUUACUGCAUACUGUGUGGAUUCAAUAUGUAAUAUCAGUUAGGUUUUUAUUCAAAAUAAAUUAUUAAUUUUUGAAAAUUUAAAAUUUUAGUUUGUGUUUUAAAUAUCCCAAAACAAAGAUUGAGAAGGGAAGUAAAUAUGAAUACAAGAAACACAUUCAAUCAGCAGGAGCAAAGUUUUGUAUAUUUUUAAUUCACUGGGCUUUCACCAGACUCUUCUGCUGACCUCAGAUAUGUCUUGGCCUAGGGAACAUGUUCUCAUUACAGCACUAAAUCCACUGAUAGCACUGCUGUGUCUCACUUGUCCCUUUCCUGGGCUGUCUUUCUCGUUUCUGAAAACGGGUAGCAGGUCGACAGCCCAGGGGGUCAGGCAGGUAAUGAGAACAGGCAGUGGGUGUUCAGCCGGUUUACGCAGUAGCUAAGGGGAGCUGCCUCUAACCCCAGACCUUCUUGUUGGUGAGACUGCUAGCCCCGUAUUGUCGUUUUUAUGACAUCCCUGAAAUUGGAAUUUUUAUGUGAAAGCCUCUCAGGUUUUGGAAAGAAAGAACCACUGUGGGU